AUGAAGUCUCUCAUCACUGCCGCGGCUCUCGUCGCCAACGUCGCCGCCUUCCCUCACUUCUCCUCCGAGAAGAGAGGCAUUCCAGUGGAAGCCCUGCUCGAGCGCCAGGUCUCUCAGCCACAGGGUGGAGCAGCAGGCGUACCACUCCCGGCUGUCCCUCCUCCCUUCAAUGCGGCUUCCCAGCGUGUCAAUGUCAAUGGCACUUAUACCUUUGUCGCACCCGGCAGCGGUGAUGCACGAGGCCCUUGUCCAGGCUUGAACGCCAUGGCCAACCACGGCUACCUCCCUCACAACGGAGUAGCCACCGUUGCCCAGUUCGUUGCCGCCACAACAAGCGUCUUUGGCAUGGGUGUAGAUCUGGCCACUUUCCUCGCCACAUACGGCGCACUGGUCGACGGCGACGGAGUCUCGUGGUCUAUCGCUGGCUCGCCUCACGUCGGCAUUGGCGGGUCUCACGGCAAUUACGAGUCUGACAGCUCACCUAUUCGUGGUGAUUUGAACCAGUACGGCUCCAAUACCAAGGUCAUUAUCUCGCAAUUCAAGACAGUUCGUUAUGCCUCCAAUUCAUAA